GGCUCGUGCAAGAAGCUCUGUCAACGUAUGAAAGGAGGAUAUUGUCAAACUGACAAUAUUUGACCUCAAACGUUCAGUAUUAUUGUCAAUGUUAAGAAUGUUUCGAGGCCCAGCAGCACUGCCCAUCAGUAUUUUUAGUAUUGCAAAUACGUCAUACUGAAUCCUCAGACGGACAACAUAUCGACGGUUUGACAAUACUAUUGAACGCGUGAUGCCCCCUUUAAGACGCUUUUCACUCGAGAAGUUUUGUCGAAGCUAGCACAAAGUUUGCUUUGCGUGCAGUGGGUACUGGGUAGUCUUCCAGCUGUGAUAUUUGGAUCUCAUCUUGGUGAUGUUUGUUUAUUUAUGUGUGGGUUACUUGUGUUACUCAAAUGAACGAGUAUGGUCGAAGAAACUGUUAACUCCGUAGCGAAGCCGAAGAAUAAAACAGCACGCCCAAAACCAGUGUAUCUGUGGACUGUUCUGGAUGUUCAGAAAUGGUUGCGAAGACAUUGCAGUGACUAUUACCCAUUGUAUGCAGAAAAGUUUCAGCAGCAUGACAUAACUGGCAGGUCAUUAAUAAGGAUUAAUGAAAGCACCUUAAUUAGACUGGGCAUUGAAAAUGCUGUACAUCGCCAAGAAAUUUGGAGAGAGAUUGCAAAACUCCGCCUGAAGACUGACAUCAUAGAAAUCCGUGAUCUGGAAAGGAGGAUUAAUUGCUGACAUAUUUAUAAUCAUACUGUAAAGAAAUUGUUAGUUAUGAAUUUUACAGAAAAAGAAAGAUUCAUUUUAACAUUCUUCGUGCUACUUCUGUCAUUAUAUCACGCAAGGAAAAGAGCAACUACAUUACGACUUAUACAUCUGAAGAAAAGAAGAUGCCGUUUGUUGCGUACCAUCAUGGACAUAUCUGACACGCGAGAGAAGUAGCAAAGUGAUAAAUUGUACCCAUUUUCUUCAUGAAAUAUUAUUCUUUUCAAAUCUCUGUAUCACUUCUCUCUUCCAUAGAUGUUGAAUAAAAUUGUCAUUCCUAUUACAAUUCUAUGUAUGCUUCAUGAUCAGAAUUCUUUCUUGCAUAAUUGUUCUGUAAUAAUUCUUAAUUUUUAAGAAAUUUAUUAAAAUUGGAAGUAAAACAGCUGGGGUAAUGUUGGAACUCAUAAUGUGUGAGUAAAUGACCAGUAAUUAGACAGAAAGUGUCAAUAUUGAUUUGUCUUAUCUCGCAUUCCAGACUGCUUUAUCUGUCAGAGUUUAUUGUUCCAUUUCAGUUUCCUGCUCUGUAGCCUCCUUGUGUUGUAGCUUUUACAUUAAUUCAUAUUGUAUGUGUUCUUCACUUGUGAUUAAACAAAGCUCUUGUUUGUUGUUACAAA